ACUCGCACUCACACGUACGAGACGCGGACUCGCACACACGCGCAUGCACGAGCAUCACUGCCCGACGUCAGAAUGGUUGGACCGUCGUAGCAGCACUGCUAUCUUAUUGUUAUUAUUAUUAUUACUAUUAUUACUAUUAUUAUUAUUAUUAUAUAUUGUUCGUGCGGUAGCCCCGAUUAUAAGCAAAAAAAUAAUGAUAUUGUUGUCUCGUUGUCGCGUCGAUCAUCAUCAUCGGUGCGUCGUACGUCGGGUGUAGCCGGGUAUUUCGUUCUCGUCGCGUUCCGUGUUUUUUAAUAAAUGAUACUGCCGCCGCCGCCGUCGCGCUCGCAUCAUUACCGACGACAACGAUAACGACACACCGUCGCCGCCGCCGCCGCCGACGACAACAACAACAAAAACAACGUCGACGACUGUAGAGACGUACUCUCUGCUAGUCGACCGCACGGACUCGACUACCGAACGUCGUCGCCAGCCAGACCGCACAACGAUCGCCGUCGUCCGAAACAAUAAUAGUUGUGAUAAUAAUAACCAUUAUAUCCGUCGUGCCGCAUACUUUGUCGUGUCGACGGGCGUUCGCGUGCGUGUGCUGUGCGCGCCGCCAGUGCUGGACGUCUCCACCGCACCAGGUGCCUGCCGAGCGGCUCGUCUAGCCGAUAGUUCGCCGUAAUUUUACGGCGAUUUGCCGUUGUCGUGUCCGUCUGCCAUCGGCCUGCACGCAAAUCGGUCACCCCCCGAUCGUCCACCCGUGUGUGUCUGGUGUCGCGCGCGCGAUCGUGAGAUCGUGUCUCCGGUCCCGCUCUCGUCUUCGGGUCGGUGUCUAAUGUCGACAUCACUACGACCGUUGCUUGCGCGAACGCCGUACGGGAAACGGACAUUUUCAUCGUUGUUCCAGCAGUGACAGUCGCCCGGAAGCUUACGACCGUCUCGCAGAUGUUCGCUGCUGAACCCGUCGCGCUAUCCGUCGCCGUUUCGACAAUGUGCCGGUUUCUGUCCGUCUGUUGAUCAACGCACAUCCCGCACACACACACACACUGUCGGCAACGCCACCAGUCAAACGCAAACGAACAUGGACUUGCGACACAUAUUGUUAUAGCGAACAUAAAAGUGUCAAAAAGGAGAUGGCAAGAUUGAGCAGUGCAAAUGUAAAACUUGUAUUCUUCUUGUUGACUGUUUUAUUUCCUGUCACCUUAGCUAAAGUUCAAUUUAUAGAUACUUCUCGUUAUGAUACUGUUUAUGCCUGUGAGGGAAAACCUCUUAAAUUGGAAUGUAAAGAUGGUGAAAUCAUUCAUUUGGAUAGAGCUAUAUAUGGUAGAUAUUCUAUUACUGUUUGCAAUGAUCACGGUAAUACGGACUGGAGUGUCAAUUGCAUGUCCACAAAUACUUUACCAUUACUGCAAGCCAGAUGUAACGAAAAAAGAAAUUGCAGCAUACAAGCAAACACAAGUUUAUUUUCUGAUCCAUGUCCCGGUACUAUGAAGUAUCUUGAGGCACAAUAUCAUUGUGUUCCAGCAUCACUAUCAACUACAACGCUCAGACCAAAUCCUCCUUGGUUAAUAACAUCUCAACCCAGUGUUUGGAAUGCAGAUAAAUUAUUGACUCUGAAGCCUGCUACACCAAUCCCACCAAUUUUAUCAUCACCGCAAUUAGAUGAUAUUGUUGGGUCUAGUGUAGAAGAAGAGCCUGUAUCAGUUUCUGUUACUACCACAAGUACAACUACAGCUGCUGCUACACCAGAAGUUUCUAUUGUUGUUAAUAAUUUUAAAGAAAAUAAUUCCAAGACUGAUAAUGAACAACAUUUACAAUCAACAGGAGCAAUAACGACUGAAUGGAUUGUACCUACCAGUGAUUUGCCACCACAGUUAAGCAUAAUUGAUGUUGAAGGAAUGGACGAUAGAUUAUCAUUCUCAUGUCCUCCUGAAACGUCAAGAAGUUUAUUUUGGAAUUGGACUAAAUCAGGAGAAGAAGCUGUACAACCAUGUCCUGGCGGUGCUGCUGGUCUCGCUAGAUGGAGAUGUCAGACUUAUAUUAAAGGAGUAACAUUUAGAUCACCUCCUACACCAGAUCUGUCAGAGUGUCGUUCAGUAUGGUUAUCAAGUUUAGAAGGCAGACUUCAUCAAGGAGAUUCUAUUAUUAGUAUUGCAAAUGAUCUAUCACAAGUAACUGAUAGUAAACCAUUAUAUGGAGGUGAUAUGAUGACAACAACAAAAAUGUUACGAGAUGUAGCUCAAAAAAUGGAAAAAGAUAUGGUUACUUUUCCUGAUAAGCAACAACAGGAAGCUAUGGUUACAGAUUUAUUACAAUGUGUAGUUCGGAUUGGUAGCAAUUUGCUUAAUGCUUCUCAAUAUCCUUCAUGGAAAGACUUGACGUUUAGUGAACAAAUGCGUGUAGCAACAAGUUUAUUAAUUGGUCUAGAAGAAAAUUCAUUUCUACUUGCUGAUAUAAUGAUGAAGGAAAAGACAAUCACUCAUAGUGUUCAAAAUAUCCUGUUGAGUGUAAGAGUUAUUGCUACACAAAAUGUUGACACCGAAGUAUUUCCACAUUCAUAUUCAUCUAAUACUGGUUUUUUCAUGAACAAUACAUGGUUACAAUUGCAUAGAACAGCAUUGCUUGAGAAUAGUGAAGCAGGAUUUAUAAGGCUUGUUUACAUAGCAUUUGAUAGUCUAGAAAAUAUUUUACAACCUCAAUCAGCCAAUGGUGUUCGAAUAAUAAAUAGUAAAAUUAUAUCAGCAUCCCUUGGUAAAGGAAAACAUAUUCAAUUACACCAACCAGUAAAAUUAUGUUUUCAACAUCUUCAAAUUGACAACGUUAGUAAUCCUACUUGUGUAUUUUGGGACUAUACAGAAAACGGGUGGUCAGAAGAAGGAUGUUCUGUAAUAUAUUCAAAUCAAACUCAUACAUUAUGCAAAUGUAAUCAUUUGACAAAUUUUGCUAUAUUGAUGGAUCUUAAAAAUUCUGGCAGUGAACCUUUAAGCAUUGCAUCAAAUAAUAUGGUCAUGUACAUAAGUUGCAUAUUUUCUGGAAUUUGUUUUCUUUUGGCAGCAAUUACUCUACAACUGACUGUUAAAUCAAAUCGAACAGUAAUUUUGAAAAAUGUAUUUUUUUGCCUUUUCUUGGUUGAAUGUUUUUUUAUGUUUGGAAUCACACAAGAAAAUAUUGUAUUUAUUUGUACAAUUAUGGCAGCAAUUUUACAUAUUUUGCUGCUGUGUUCAUUUACAUGGACACUAAUUGAAGGUUUUCAUUUAUAUGCUACAUUAAUUGAAGCAUUUGACUCUGAAAAAUUGCAAAUGCGUUUAUAUUAUUUAGUUGGUUAUGGAGUUCCAUUGACAGUUGUUAUUGUAGCUUGUUACAUGGAUAACACUUAUAUCUAUAAUACAAAUAAUUCUUUCUGCCUUCAAGCAAAUACUAUUAUUAUUUAUAGUAUAAUGUUUGUAGUUUCAGUAAAUCUAGUCUUUCUGUGUCUAUCAUUAUAUAUUAUUAAAAGUAAUUCUUCUAUGAUGUCAGUCAAAUGCAAAGAAAAUGUUAAAAUAACAUCUCUGAAGAUGUGGUUGAAAAGUGCUAUUUUAUUAUUUGUUUUUAUAACAUCAACGUGGACAUUAGCAUUUCUAUAUAUAGCAUCAUAUUCAACAUUUAUGUUGUAUUUAUUUUCAGCGGUAAAUUGUUCACAGGGAUUGUUAAUAAUAAUACUUUAUUGUAUUAAAAAUAAUUCAGUGUAUAAAGUUUUUUCUGAGUUAACAAUAAUUUCAUUUUUACCGUGGCAAUGCUGCUUAAUAAAUUCUACACCGGAAUUGAAUCUCAAUUAUAAGAAUCAAAGGACUAGUUUAUAUGGUACGUCAGUUGGCCAAAACAGUCAAGGUAGUAUAGCCGAGUCUUCAACACCAAGAUCUCUGUCAUCUCAUAGAAUGAAUACAUUCCAUCAACCUCAUGAGCGACAUGCCGUGACUAAAGUUGUUGAUAUCCAAAAUGAAAUGGAUCUGCCAAAUUUGGAUAAUACAAUGUGUAAUGAAGAUCCAAAAUCUGGAAUAUGUGGUGCGACGUUACCCUACUCCCGUUCUUGCCAAAAAAGUUAUUCACGUACCAAAUUACCAAAAAAUUCUGCUGUAUUUACCAGUGGUACUCUUCAUAAACAGUCAUCUCAAAGCAAACCAAACAUCCAAGAUAACUGUUUUACUUUAAACAAACCCACUUAUGUACAUAGUAGUCGUGGAGCACCUAACCUAUGCUCACUUCGAUGUAAUACUAUUGGUGAUGGUUUUGUUGACAACAAUUGUUCAUCAAAAAAAUACAUUGGAGUAAGUGGUGUACGAGCUACUAGUCCAUGGAAUCACACAUACUCUGAAAUUAUGGGAGGUAUAUCUGCAUCUGCUGGAUUAGAUGAUCCGGUAUAUGAAGAGAUAGAACGUGAACGGGAGCGAGAACGAGAACAAGCUGCUCUUGUGUCCGAUUUGAGUGACGAAGAUGGUCGACGAAACAGUGAUAUGAGUCGUCAGUCAUCAAAGAGCUAUGGAGACCAUAGGCCACUUAUUAUGGCUCCCACACAAAAUCCAGAAACUCAUAAUUUUCAUACGGCUCUCAAUGCAGCAUUUAGGCAGCAGCUUAAAGAACAAACAGCCAGAACAAUUGCUGUAUUGGAUGGGCAAACUGUUGUGUGUCAUUUGCAACCUGAACAAAAUGAUGUGUUUAACCCCCAGACUAUUCAACAUUAUUCAUACGAAUGUUGAUGGCCUAUAUUAGAGGGUACCUAUUAAAAAUGUUCGUUAUGUGUAAAUUAACUUUACUACUGCUAAACCUUAAACAUGACUCCAUAAAAGUUACAUUAAAAAUAAAUAUGAAUAUAUUUAACUUAAAAUUUAAUUAAAUAAUAAUGUUGAUAGACAAAACUUACUUUGGUUUGAUGGUUAUUUCUUCUCUAGUUGAUAUCGAUACAUGAACAAUUUCUAUAAUUCAAACUUACGAUAAAAAUGAGAUGAAAUGCUCAUAAUCUAUUCGAACUUCUUAAUAUUUUUAAUAAUACCUAUUCAGACUAUAAUAUUAAAUAACAUGAACAAUUGUAGAUAGGUCAUUCAGAUUUUUGGUCUUAAAAAAAUGUUUUUUUCUUCGAUAACAUACCUGUAUUAAUUUAAAUGAUAUUCUAACAUGAAUAAGCAUCUAAACUAUUCCUUAAAUAUCCAAUAAUUUUGUUUUAAAAAAACUAAUAACAUGGUAAAAUUCUUAAUUGAUUAUUUAAAUUAUUUGUGGUACCUAUGUUGUUAAUAUUAGAGAAAUAAAUUAAUAGAAUCUGAUGUAAUAUCGUCUAGUCCUAAAAACGAAAGCAAUAAAUUUAGAUCUUAUUAAAUAACAUAAUUGAUAUCAAAACAUGCAAUAACAAAAACCUGCAAUAUAUUAUUAAUGUUAAUUAAUCUUAGUUUUUAAUUAGAAAAUAUUUCAUUGACAUGCAAAUUUAGUAUUAUUUUUAAUUAUUUGAAUACAAAUAAUAAAUACUUAGGUUUUUUUUAAAUUUGUAUAAUUAUUUUCUCAAAAGUAAACGAUUCAUUUCAAUAUUAUUUUCCUAUAUAUUACCAGUUUUAUAUAGUUUAUACACAACGUUUAUAUAUUCCUGAAAACUAUAAAAUAACUGUAUAUAUAUAUAACCAAACACUUGAAAUUGUUCCACACAUUGAACAUUAAUUCAUAGUAAAACGUUAAAUAUAGUUGUAUUAAACUAUUCAUAAAUAGUUUAAUAUUUUUAUAAUUUGGAGGACAUGAACUCAAAUCAUUAAUUUCCAAUGAUCAAAAUAUUUAUUAUUAUUAUUAUUAUUAUUUAUUAUUAAUACAUUUUGAAUUUUUAUUUAUUGAAAAUAUUAGAUACAAUGGUAAACCCAAAUACGAGUAGUUAUAUAAUAAUUAUUUAAUGACAACUAAAUUUAUGGAGUAAAUGAGUUCAAUAAAUCUUUUUGGAGGAUUUCAAUCUAUUUUCACAAUGCUGUUACUAAGUUAAAAUUAAUUGUAUUGGUUACUUAAAAUGUCUUUAAUUUCUAAUAAUGGUUUAUUUAUUUUUUAAUUGCUUUCAUCCUAUAACUAUUAUCUUUAGUCAUUAUUUACCUAUUAUAUUUAUUUAUUUUUUUGAUUCUUGAUCAAUUUUAGUUUUUUACUGAUAUAAAAAAUAAAAAUAAAAUCUAUAUUGCAUUUUUAGCUUACGAUUUAAUUUAACCUACUAUUUAAAAAUAUAUUUCAUAAUUUGCUUUAAACGUUCCUAAAUAGUUUUAUUCUUCUCCGAUGCAUUGUGAAUUUUAAUAUUUUAUUGUCUAUAUUUUCAUUGAGACUGAUUGAGAGUUGAGACUGGCUUUUCAGUUUGUAUGUUUUAUCAUCAAAUAGCCGUAUGAACAUUUCCAUUUUUAAAAUAUUGUAAAUACAAAUCAUCAUUCAGUUAUUAUACAGAUCUUAACCAAUUGUAAUAUUAACAAAUUAAUUAAUCCAGGAUUAAAAAAAAUUAAAUUCUAUAUAAUUCAUUAACACUUAAAAUAUAAUCCUCCAUUAAUAGUUUAAAUUAAUUGUAUUCAAAACGAUUAAAAUUAUAUAUUUAUAACCUCUCUAGGAUUUUUAUUAUAAUUAAAUAUUAGCUUGAGAUCUUCUAGGUAUUAUAUAUUAGAAAUAAAUAAUAAUAGUAAUAAUAAUUAAAACAAAUUAUUAGUAAUAUUAUACCUUAUGUUUACUUAAUAUUAUUUGUCCAAUGAUGAGAUUUUAACAUUUUUGACAGUUUGUAUAAAAUAGAGAUACAUCUUGGUAUAACAAUGCAUUCUAUUUGUGAUACCUGUUCAGUUCUGAGAACUUAUAAAAACUGUAUAUUGAAAAUAAUUUUCUUUUUCUCAUUCAAUUUCAUCAGGAAUCAUUUGUACUGUUGACAUAAUUUUAGUUUAAUUUUAUUUCCGUGAAUAUUAAAACAAUUUGAAUGAAGUAUAUACUUAAUUAAAUUAAAAAUUGUUGUGUUCUUACAAUAUUUAAUUACUCUCAUUUAGUUUAAAAUUUAAUUGUAAAUUUAUAACCAUUUUCAUGGCAGAGUAAGCAAUGCAGUUCAUGAAUAUAUAAAGGAAAGUUGACAACUUAAUACAAUACUACCCAGAUUUAAACCUUUAUACAAAUCAUAAAUUUUUACCUUUAGUAUUUGCAUAGUAGACAAAUUAUAUUUGAAUUGUAUUUUUUACACCUUAAAUGUUAUCAAAAAAAAUCAUUUAUGUUAUAUAUUUAUAUACAUUUUUUUUUACCUAUUGCAUAAAACGCGUACGCUAUAUGAAUAAUAUUAUUAAAAUCAAAACUGAAGUAUGUUUAUUUGUUAAAAUUUUAUAGUUUUAAAAUGCUUAUAAUCAUGUUAAAAUUUUUUAAAGAAUUGAUUAACAUACUCCGCAUCCUUACUACUUCAUUACUUUAAGAUUAACUAUAAGAAUAUAUUAUAGUUUGUAUUUGAUUAGAUAUUAUGUACUCUUAUAAGUUAUAUUAUUUUUAUAUACUAAGUAAAGACAUGGCCAAUAAUGUAUUUUAAAUUUAAUAUAGCUUGUUAUCUAUCAUAUUUAUAAUUUCAUAUGAAAUUUAAGCAUUUGAUCCUUAAGAACUAAAGUGCUUUAUACACAAUGUUUAUAUAAUUAUGAUUUAUAUAUUGUUUAAUAACUGCAUUUUUGCGAGUUGAUAUUUUGAAAUUGUUCAAAUAUUGUAAUUUUUAUUUUGUUGUGUAUCUUAUGUGUAUCAAUUAUUAUUAUUUAUUUUAUUUUUUAUCCACUUUUAUACUUGUGUUAAACUCAGUAUAAGGUGUUUUUAUAAUUCAUAGUUUCCAACAAUCUAAUCAUUGAAGUAGUUUUACAAAGAAACAAAAUGUUAUUGGUAAAUUGUUAUAAUUUAGGUAUUAAAAUCAAUGAAUUUAAUGAAACUUUUUCAAGCUUUUAAAUACUCGUUCUGAUUAAUGAAUUAUGCGAGUGGUAUUACAUUUAACGUCUAUAAGAUAUAUGCAUUAUAACAAUUACUUUGUAGCUCAUGUUGGUUAAAUGGUUUAUGUAGUUGUACAUAGGUUAACUUUGAAAGUAAUGAGUAAUAGGUAUCCUUAUUACAAUAGGUUUGUCAUUAUUAUACAUGAUUGACGUAUGCUGUGAUCAUAUACAUUAGUAUUAUAUUAAUAUAAUUAACGUGUAAAAAAUUGUACUAUAAAUUAUAUGAUUAGUUUUAAAAAUAAAUCCAAUUAAUUUUGUAUUCAGCCCUCUCAUUUUUAUACUCGUUCUUUUUAUUUUACGCAAACAAUACAGUAAUGUGUAUAUAAUGUAAAUCAAAAAUGUAUACAGUUAUAGAAUAUAAGGUUCCUUUUUGUUUCUUUUUAUUUGUAUUAUUUGUGUCUUAAUAUUUCAGAUUUAAAUACAUGAAUAUGAUUCCGA